CAGCAAAAGUAAAAUUUAGAGUGGAAGACUGUUCGCGUUUAGGGUUAUCGUUACACCACAGCUAUCCAGCUCUCGUGCCCCAACAAAUAGCAAUUUCCUCUCUGCCCUUCUCUUCCUACUUUUUCCAUUCCGCCCCCUUUUGCCCUGCCCGCGGCACCCCGAAGAGCUGUGCUUUCCACACAACAGUCCUCCUUCCUCUCCCCUUAUUAGGAUCCUUUCACCUCCACACCCUCACUCUUCGCUACCUUUUCCUAUUUCAAUACUUUUCUAACGAAAAGUGACCUCUACCCUUACCGUCACGCCGGUGCAUUCAUAUCACGCUCCUUUAACUUUAUUUCAACGUUGGCGAAGAGUAUUCACCAGGGCGGAUAUGCGUGUUACAUCUACCUCCUUCUCGACACUCUCCAGAACCCGGUUACUCGCCGCACCCUUACCACCGAGGAGCAUCUCAAAGCGAUGCUUCCUAACACUCGCAUCGUCACCGUCGAGUAGCACACGCGACAUUCCAAACCCAAGCACACCUUCUACCGCUCCAACGUUAUCUCCAAGGCCCACAACUACGGGGAUCACCUCCUCCGUCUCCGCCUCCACCUCCCCACCAAGCCUACACAACCACUCCCACCUCCGCACCCCCCCGAAGCCGCCGAGAGUGGUACCAGCAACAGUGGCGGCCACAAGACCACUGGUAAAGCCCAUCCAGUACGGCUUCAAAACCAGCUUCUCCCUCUUCGCCAAGCGGGCACCUCGACCCUUCCCCCCACCCUUCAACAGCCCGCCGGCAUCCAGCCUCUCCGAUGCCCUCUCAACCAACGACCCCUCCCGAAUCCCAACUCCCGAAGGCGCAACCUUCCUCCGUGGGAUAACGAACGGCGACGACGCAAUCCUCCAUCGUCACAACCACCUGGGCGUAGCCGACGGGGUAGGUGCCUGGAACACCAAAGUCGCCGGCCAUGCCGCAUUAUGGUCGAGACUGAUACUCCACUACUGGUCAUUAGCCCUUGAUGCGCAGCGUAAAUCCCCGGAGGCGGCCGGGGAAGGUAAAAUAGACGUAGUCUCGGCCCUUCAGCACAGCUACAACAGCACCGUUUCCGCCACCACCCGCGAGGGAAAGACGGUCUGGCAAGGGACAACCACGGCCUGCGUAUCCAGCCUGGAAGGUAACAUCCUCACGAUAGCAAACAUCGGAGAUUCAAGGGCGUACGUGUAUCGGCCGUCUAGUGAUUCCUUCGUCUACAAGUCUACCGAGCAAUGGCACUGGUUUGAUUGCCCGUACCAGCUCGGCACUAACUCCCUCGACACCCCCGCUGCCAACGCUGUCGUUGAUAGGGUCGAGCUGGAGGAAGGCGACAUCAUCAUCCUCGCUACAGACGGAUUGCCGGAUAAUCUCUGGGAUGUAGAGAUUGCGGAUAUCUGCUCUGCCGCAGGAGGAGAGGAGGCGGGAGGAUUGGCGGACAAACUUGUCAAUGCGGCCUGGAAAAUCGCCAUAAACCCCUUUGGCGAAAGCCCUUAUAUGGAACGAGGAAUUGACGAGGGGCUCAGCAUGGAGGGGGGCAAGUAUGACGAUAUCAGUGUCGUCACGGCGGUCUUUAAGAAGAAGUAGUAUGGGGCUCGAACUUGAGAUUUCUUUUCUCUUCUUUUCUUUCUUUCCCUUUCUCCUAUCAUACUCUUUACUUAUGGCGCUGUAACAGGGGGGGACCUAUCAUCUGGCGUUUCUAUUUUAUUUCAUUUUACCUUAUUAAUUGUCUUUAGCAUAGGGAUCAUAGAUUGUAUUUGGGCUUUCCUUUCCUCUCUCUUUCCUUUAUCCCUUCCUCUCGUUUUGUAAAACAUGGGUACUCCACCGUACCGUAGCUUUACUUGCGGCAGUCUUCUUGCCCCCCAAACUGAUGGGGAUGACUGGAUAUAUACGGAGCUACGCUAUUGUAAAGGGUGUGUAAAGAAUAAUAAGACAUGGUACUCGUAUCCGUAUAAUCAUACCAAUAUCUUCUCCGCCGUGCCCUACGAGCUAUCUAACUUUUGUUGCAAGAAUACAGUACAAAUAUAUCGCCCAACAAAUACAAGCACAUGGCAUACCAAACCCCUCGCAUGUCAAGCUACAACCAAUACGGGACAAAGCGAUCCUCACCCCCACCGCACAGUAAUUUUACCGGUACCGUACCUCAUCCAUCAUUCGAUGGGCAGCAGCGCCACACCUUAGUUUACCCCCGAUCACCAAUCCACAAAUCCCAAGAAACAAAACACAAAAACAUCACACUCGAGAUAUUAACCCCACCCUGGCAGAUCUUCGCUUGAACCCUUGCAGAUCUACCCUACGCAAUCCAUCCAUCCAUCCAUCAUACGAGUAUGAUACCGGUAUCUAUCCAUCCAUCUACGAUACAUUAACUUACCUAGACUACCUGCCGGAAAGAGUCCGGAAGCGACAGCGGGCUGUGUUACUUACUUACUUACUCUACUGUAUAGUAUAGUAUUAUACAACGCACACACAUUUUUGUGUGAAGUGCGGGGGCAGCACAGUACAGUACUCGUACAUUUACAUUGAUUGAUUGAUUAAUUAAUUGCUUGUACUGUGCUAUGCUUGAGUGUAAUGGAUUUUUCCGCCGCCGCCGCCGCCGCUGCGGAUGCGUGUUUGUUGGUUUGUUGGUUUGUUGGUCGGGGUUGGUGCCGGUUUUAUUCAUGUGGGAGAGAGGGUUCCGUACCGUGCUCAGUACAAGUACAAGUACGGUAUUGGAAAUGUGGUGGUGGUAAUGAAGGGGGGGGCUUUGGAUCCGUAUGAUAGAUUUGUGAUGGUCCCCUUUUUUAUAUUAUUUUAUUAUCAUUAUUGUUACGAUAUUUCUUAUCAUACUGGGUUUGGUUUAGAUUUUACAAUACGGUACGGUUAUUGUAGGUUUGUAUUGGAACUUGUGUUGAGGAGUUAACGCUAGUCUAUUCACGCGGGUGAUUAUCAUAUCUGGAUGACUUGUGAGAGGUUUUGGACCGCGGGCCGGCACCAUGCUGUUAUCACAGGCACGGUACGAGUACGGAACAUAGCCUUAACAGAGAACCGAAAAGAACCAGGGAUAAAAAUGCAAAAGGAAAAAUAAUAAAAAAAUCAUCCACCCUUUCCGUUUCAAAAAGCCUAACGGUACUGGCACAGUAUUGUACUCGCACAGUACUGUACAUACAGCAUCACACACAUUCCGGUCAGCGAGUUAAAUUA